AAGUUGCAUCUAAUUCGUCUUGCUUUACACUGGUCCUCCUCCCAUCGUGCCAAGCGAAGCUAGUCGAGCAUCACCGCCCUUCUACCUUCUUUUUAUCCUUUCUGUCUUUCCCCGUUUCAGUAAAUUUUAACCCCUUCCGAAUACCACCAAAUGCCAAGAGCGUCUUUUUUCCGUUUCCCACAUUUUCCCUUCGAUCGCAAAGCCCUUUAUGUUUUAUUUUUUUGUUUUUGCUAGCCGCCAGUGUAACGCGACUACCAAAAAAAAAAAAAUCCAGUGUCGCUUAUGUUGACGCCAUACGUGUCACCAAUUUGAUCCUCCUUCGCCUUUUACGUGUUUUUUAAAAUCGGCAAAUGUCCUCCUCGUUCUGUUACUACCCUCGGUAGCAUUUUAGAAGCAUCAGUCGGGUGGACAACGAGAUCCCAUGCUACUUUGCGCACCGCGCAUCUACUCACCUUUGCAGGACAACCUUCCACCUCCUACUCUCCUUCCUCAGAAAUCAUCAGUGGCCUUAAACUAAAUCAUCCGUCCUCCCCUUCAGCCACCCUUGGAAGCGUCCGUCCUCAUUCUCCUGUCUGUUCCUCACCAUCUCGCCCAGCUGUGGCCCUCACAGGGCGCGACCGCUGGCACUCACCUGGAAGGUCCUUGGCCUCAGGACGACUGCCAGCACCAACACCUUUCCUACAUGAGGGACAAGGCCACACAGACCCCCAGGGCCUGGGCAGAUGAGAGGAGGCGUGGUUCUCACAAGCGUUCGGCCUCCUGCGGGAGCACCGAUCAGCUCAAGGAGAUCGCCAAGCUGCGUCAGCAACUCCAGCGCAGCAAGCGGAGCAGCCGUCAUCGGAGGGACAAAGAGCGCAAAUCACCUUUCAAUGGCAGCCAUACCAUCAUGCAGUCGCAGGGGCCCAUGCCCAAGACCAUUUUGAUCCCCAUCCCCAUAGCCAAGUCCUCCGCUCCUCGUUUCCGCAACAGUGUGGAGGGUCUCAACCAGGAGAUUGAGCGCAUCAUCAUUCGAGACACCCCCGAGAAGGAUGAGGCCAUCGCUCCACAGGACGUUCCGGACGGGCACCGCGCGCCACCUCCCGUCCCACCGCGGCGCAGCAGCAGUACUCGCAGCAUCGACACGCAGACCCCCUCGGGGGGCGGCCUGAGCGGGAGCCACAGCAACAGCAGCAGCCGCCCCGACUCCAUCUCACCAUCCUACCUCAGCGUCCUCAACGACGCGGUUGGCGGUCGGGGCAGCCCCUAUGAGGACAAAGAGCUGGGCCCCUGCUCACCGCUGCCAAAAUAUGCCGCCUCUCCGCGGCCCAACAACAGUUACACGUUCAAGAGAGAACCUCCAGAGGGUUGUGAGAAAGUCAGAGUGUCCGAGGAGUCUCUCCCCAAAAGCCUACAGCAGGUCCCGCCGUUUCUCUGUCCCGACCGCAACAAGGUCAACUUCAUCCCCAACAGCGGCUCCGCCUUCUGCCUCGUCAGCAUCCUCAAGCCCCUGCUUCCGGCGCCGGACCUUAACUUCCGCUCCGGAGUGGGCCUGCGCAGUCUGUCCCCGUCGCUGGUACCUCUGUCCACCCAGCCCUGCCUCCUGGAGGAGCCCGAGAGCUUCUAACGAGCACCUUCAAGCUCGGCAAAGAAGAAAAUCAAAAAGGCCUUCAGCAUGCUAGCUCUCUGAUGUCUUUGGUCAAAUGACGCUUCCCACUGCCUCGCCUCCUCCUCCUCCUCCGUGAAACCGAUCUCAUUGCUGUCUUAUUGUUUUGAAAGGAAAAGGGCAUAACGAUUUUUUCACCGUAUGAUACCAUGACGCCUUUCCACAGACAUAUCUUUUUUUGUAUCUCUACUUCUUUCUAUAUAAUGCCUUCCACGACAAAAGACCAUGGUGCUGCCAGAUUGUAGCCAAACUUGAAGGGUUAAAAGUUAAAAAAAAUAAAAUAAAAAAUGUGCCUGACA